AUGGUCUCGCAGUUGUUCGAGGAGAAGGCUAAACAGGUGAACUCGCUGGCGACGAAGCCAGGGAACGACGUGCUGUUGCGGUUGUACGGGCUGUACAAGCAGGCGACCGUCGGCGACUGUGUGGGGGACAGGCCGGGCGUGUUCAGCAUGAAGGAGAGGGCGAAGUGGGACGCUUGGGAUAAGUUGAGAGGGAUGACGGGCGAGGAGGCUGAGAAGUUGUAUAUAGAGUUGGUAGAGGACCUGUUUGCCGCUGAACAGUGA